AUGUAUCGGAAAAGAGGUGGUUCAUUAGAACAAGAAUUAGUAAUGUCAUCACCAAUAUCAACAGGGACAUCAGCAGAUCCUUACCCUUUUUCUAAUGGACAUAAUCAAUUAAAGUUUCCGAGCGAAGGAUGUAUUACUCGAGUGCCGUUCUCUUCUCUAAGUGCAUUUCUCUUUUGUCUUGGUGGAAUUUUACUUUUUAAAGCAAUGAUAAUGUGGGCUUUUAAUGCAACUAUAGAACAAAUUAGGCGGUCACUUGGAAUAACACAAUUACCUUGGUUGGAUAAGUUUCAACUUCUAUUAAUAAUUGCCUGUAUUGCUAUGUUUGUAAUUUCUGCUGCUUUUCUACUUAUCGGUAUAUUAAGUACAGGACAGACAAGAGAACAUAUUUUUCGUCAAAUGCCUCGUUCUAGAAGAGGUGGCCGUAUUUCUUGUAUUUUAGCAAUUUGUUUGGCUUCUUUGCUUAAUUUACUUUGGAUAAUUAUUUUGGCACUUACUGCUAUUAUGUGCUUUAUUUAUUCAAUUUUUUCUUUUCUUUGUACAAAUAUUGGAGGGAAUACAUCUACCACAAAAUCAUGCUUGGAUUUUAAUUCCUUUAAGCCUUUAUUUUUUUCCUCAGAAGACAAUAGAUCUUUACAAUUCUGUGAAGGCCAACUUCAACAAUUUUGUGCUUUAACAAAUACAGUUGUUAUUUGGUAUUUUGUUGGACUUUUUGGAGCUUUAAUUAUUUGUUUUGGAUUAUUACAAUUUAUUGCUUCUAAUUCUGCCAAGUAAUUUUUUUUGAUUUUAUUUUAUAAAUUAUUAAAAGUUAUGCACACAUUGGGAAUGAGGCACGUUAUGAUGAACUUUUGGCUAUUUUAAAUUCUGAAAUGGCCUGUGAAAAUUAUCAUUGUAGAAAACCACAUAAAUUUCCACCACAGGAAAAUGACAGAUCUCGACCUUCUUAUAAUAC